AAGACAUACUAACAAUAUAGCUAAGAAGUAUAGUUUAAAAACAUAUUUCUAAUAACUUAAACUGAGGUUUAUAUUUAUGGACAUCAUUGUUUCAAAUACAUUAUAUAAUUAGAAACAUAGAAAGUAUUAGUAUACUGUCUUUGUGUAAUUGUGUUCCUACUCCAUUCUGGCAGUCCUAACUCACAGGCUUGUUUAACAAAGCAGUUCACUGCAAUCACAGCUUGCACUCAAUGUCUCUCUCUUCUGCAUCAAUAGUUAUGCUAUUAUGGCAUGCCAUCACAUGCCUCCUCUUUGUUUCCAGUUUGGCAUCUGCUUCUGCCAAAAAUGGACACACAAAAACAAGAAAUGAAGUAAUCAUUGCUCAUCAUGGAGCUGUUGCGACCGAUGAUCGUCGAUGCUCGAAGAUUGGGAUGGAUGUUAUCCAAGAAGGGGGACAUGCAGUGGAUGCAGCUGUGGCUGCUGCUCUUUGUUUGGGAGUUGUCAGUUCAGCUUCAAGUGGUAUUGGUGGUGGUGCCUUUAUGCUUCUUAGGUUAGCUAAUGGUGUAGCAAAGACCUUUGAUAUGAGAGAAACUGCUCCUCUUCAUGCUUCCAAGGAUAUGUAUGGUGGCAACAUUACUUUGAAGGCAAAUGGUGGCCUCUCAGUAGCAGUUCCAGGAGAACUAGCUGGCCUUCACAAGGCAUGGGAACAACAUGGAAAGCUUCCAUGGAAUAGACUUGUAAUGCCAUCUGUGAUUCUUGCUAGUAGAGGGUUUAAAAUAUCACCAUACCUUCACAUGCAGAUGGAAAAAACAGAAUCAAAUAUAUUGAAUGACAUUGGUCUUAGUAGUGUAUUUGCACCACAUGGAAAACUCUUGAAACCAGGUGAAAUAUGUUAUAAUAAGAAACUAGGAGCAAGUCUAAAAGCAAUUGCGAAGUUUGGUCCACAAGCUUUGUAUGGUGGAAUAAUUGGCAUUAAUUUAGUUAAAGAUGUUCAGAAGGCCGGCGGGAUAUUGACAUUGGAAGACCUCAAAAAGUACACUGUUAAACAAAAGGAACCUAUAUCUAUAGAUUUUCUUGGAUUAAAGAUCCUUGGUAUGCCUCCUCCUUCAGGUGGGCCUCAAAUGAUGCUGCUGCUGAACAUUCUAGCACAAUAUGAGCUUCCUUCAGGCCUUUCUGGUUCCCUUGGGAUCCAUAGAGAAAUUGAGGCUUUGAAACAUGUAUUUUCAGUGAGAAUGAAUCUUGGGGAUCCUGAUUUUGUAAAUAUAACUGAAGUUCUUUCUGAUAUGCUUUCUACGAAGUUUGCUCAAGUGUUGAAAAAAGACAUCAACGAUAAUAAGACUUAUGAUUCAAGUCAUUAUGGUGGCAAGUGGAAUCAGAUAAAUGAUCAUGGCACAAGUCAUUUGAGCAUAAUAGAUUUUGAGAGAAAUGCUGUUUCCAUGACCACUACAGUAAAUUCGUAUUUCGGUGCAACAAUACUUUCACCAAGUACAGGAAUAGUACUCAACAAUGAGAUGGAUGAUUUUUCCAUGCCUAUAAAAAAUGUUUCCAAGGAUGUUCGACCGCCUGCUCCUGCCAAUUUCGUCGUGCCGGGGAAGAGACCAUUAUCAUCCAUGUCACCAACUAUUGUUCUCAAGGACAGGGAAUUGAAAGCAGUAGUAGGUGCAAGUGGAGGAAUUAUGAUUAUUGCUGCAACUUCAGAGGUUCUUUUGAAUCACUUUGUCAAAGGAAUGGAUCCUUUUUCUUCUGUAACUGCUCCUAGGGUCUAUCAUCAGCUGAUACCUAAUGUGGUAUAUUAUGAGAACUGGACAACAGUGAGCGGGGACCACUUUGAACUUUCUGCUGAUAUCAGGGAAGGCCUUAGAAGUAAGGGCCAUGUCCUUCAGAGCCUUGCUGGUGGGACAAUAUGUCAAUUUAUCGUUUCAGACACUUCUGAACAUUCCAAAAUAAAUAAAGGUGUCGGAAAGCUUGUGGCCGUAAGUGAUCCAAGAAAGGGUGGUUUUCCUGCAGGCAUUUGAGAAAAUUCAUCGACAUUGUCCCUCAUAUCUUACUUAAGCUUAAGUGGUCAAUGAGCUUCAGAUAAAGUCAAAUUGAUCGGGAGUCCUAAUCAAUCUGGAGUCCCGAGUUUGAUCGCUUUCAUUAACUAGGCUUUGCUUAAAAAAUAUGCUACUCCCUUGGUCCCACUAGUAGCUGUAUUUCAAGAAUUGAAAUAAUUAAAUGUGGCUUGAUGUGUAUUUUGGUUUCAUGCUUGUAAAAUAAAAACUCAAGUGUCAUA